UCACCCCGUCCCCCUCCUCCUCCGGUCCGUCUGUCUGUCUGUCUGUCCCCAUCACAGGCUGCAGAAACCAGCCCACCUCCUCCUCUCUUUCUCCUCCUCUCCUUCUCAGACCAGCGGGUUGUUCAAGUCGCCAUCAGCCUGAUUUGUUCUCGGGAAAGUGAUUCAAAAUGACAAUGAAGCUGGCCUACUGGGAUAUCCGCGGGCUCGCCCAGCCUGCCCGUCUGCUGCUGGAGUACACCGGCACCAAGUAUGAGGACAAGCUUUACGUCUGUGGUGAAGCUCCCGACUUUGACAAGACCUGCUGGUUUGAUGAAAAAUACAAACUUGGAAUGGACUUUCCCAAUCUGCCCUACUUGGAGGACGGAGACAGGAAGAUAGUGCAGAGCAACGCCAUCAUGAGAUACAUCGCUCGUAAGCACAAAAUGUGUGGAGAGACAGAGGAUGAGAAGAUCCGCGUAGACUUCAUAGAGAACCAGUCGAUGGACUUCAGAAAUGGCUUUGUGAGGAUGUGCUACACCGACUUUGACAAGAUGAAGCCGGGGUACCUAAAGACGCUGCCAGACCUACUGAAGCAGUUCUCGGUUUUCUUGGGAGACAGGAAGUGGUUCGCUGGUGACAAGAUCACUUUUGCGGACUUCCUCAUGUACGAGCUGUUCGAUCAACACCGCAUGUUUCAUCCUACGUGCCUGGAUGACUUCAAGAACCUCAAAGAUCUUUUAGACCGUUUUGAGGCUCUGGAGAAGAUUGCUGCCUACAUGAAGUCAGACAGAUUCAUGAAGACUCCCAUCAACAACAAGAUGGCCAAAUGGGGGAACAAGAAAGAGUAAAGGUCAAUGCUCUUCGCCUUAAAGAAGUAAUGAA